AAUAAUCAAACAAACUAAUCUUGAAAAGUUGUAGAUGAAAUGGUGUGGUAGGCAAAUUCUCUAAAAAUUUUGAACUAUGCCUAAAGUUAAGCGAAGUCGGAAACCUCCACCCGAAGGCUGGGAGCUUAUUGAACCAACCCUAGACGAGUUGGAUCAAAAAAUGCGCGAAGCUGAGCAAGACCCUCAUGAAGGAAAGAGAAAAGUUGAGGCACUUUGGCCAAUCUUUAGAAUUCAUCAUCAAAGGUCAAGAUACAUUUAUGAUUUGUUCUACAAACGAAAAGCUAUAAGUCGAGAGCUGUAUGAGUAUUGCCUCAAAGAAAAUAUAGCAGACAAAAACUUGAUUGCAAAAUGGAAAAAACCAGGCUAUGAAAGUCUUUGCUGUUUACGUUGCAUCCAAACCAGGGACACAAACUUUUGCACCAACUGCAUCUGUAGAGUACCAAAGUCUAAACUUGAAGAGGGUAAAGUUGUCGAGUGUGUCAUCUGUGGUUGUAGGGGAUGUUCAGGAUAACUUGUGGUCAUAUAGAGUUCAUAUUCUUUUUACAGGGUAAAGUUGUCGAGUGUGUCAUCUGUGGUUGUAGGGGAUGUUCAGGAUAACUUGUGGUCAUAUGGAGUUCAAAUGAUUUUAUUUUUAGGCUAUGUAAGUCGAGCUAAAACAAUUGAGUAAUUUAGGGUGAUAUAUUAUCUGGCGUUGACAAUCGUGGUUUUUUAUGGAUUUAUAAACAUCCAUUUAAGCAUUCCAGUUACUUCACUUGAUAACCUUAAUAGGACUCUACUUAUUAACAUUGCCACCAUAUUUUGUUACAUUGUACAUCAAACUCUACUAUCCUUCAACUGUAAAUAAAAGUUCUACAGCAUGUCAA